CCGGGUGGAUUAUGUAGGUGAAAGGUCCCCUGAUCGGUAACAGGAACAGCAGGUCUGUCCUUUCCAGCUGUAAACUCCGCUUUAUCUGUUUAUUUACCCACUAAUCCUCUCGUGAACACCUCCUAAACCUCCUCCUGUCCUCCACAAGAUCCCAUAAACAUGUCGAAGCAGCCGCAGCCCAUCAGCCCUGUGAAGAACUUCUUCGCCGGCGGGUUUGGAGGUGUGUGUCUGGUGUUUGCUGGACAUCCACUGGAUACAAUCAAGGUGAGACUCCAGACUCAACCGAAGCCAGGACCGGGUCAGACUCCUCUCUAUGCUGGAACUUUUGACUGCUGUAAAAAGACCCUCGCCAAGGAGGGCGUGCGAGGGUUGUAUAAGGGCAUGGCUGCUCCGAUUAUCGGAGUCACUCCCAUGUUCGCUGUGUGUUUCUUUGGGUUUGGUCUGGGGAAGAAGCUGCAGCAGAAAAGCCCAGAUGAUAUUCUCUCGUAUCCUCAGCUGUUUGCGGCCGGUAUGCUGUCCGGGGUUUUCACUACAGCCAUCAUGGCUCCUGGAGAGAGAAUUAAAUGUCUCCUGCAGAUCCAGGCUGCCUCCGGAGAGGUGAAGUACGCUGGACCGAUGGACUGUGUGAAGCAGAUCUACAGGGAAAGUGGCAUAAGGGGCAUUUAUAAGGGCACCGCACUGACCUUAAUGAGAGACGUGCCGGCCAGUGGAAUGUAUUUCAUGACAUAUGAAUGGUUGAAGAACCUCCUCACACCAGAAGGAAAAAGCCCGAAUGAACUGAGCGUGCCCAGUGUGCUGUUUGCAGGCGGUAUGGCGGGGAUCUUUAACUGGGCUGUGGCGAUUCCACCUGAUGUACUAAAAUCACGUUUUCAGACAGCUCCAGAGGGGAAAUACCCCAACGGGUUCCGGGACGUCCUGAGGGAGCUGAUCAGGGAGGAGGGCGUGGCCUCGCUGUAUAAGGGUUUUAAUGCAGUCAUGCUGAGAGCGUUUCCCGCCAACGCCGCAUGCUUCCUGGGAUUUGAGUUGGCGAUGAAGUUUUUGAACUACAUCGCACCAAACCUGUGAUCUAUAACCUAAUGAAGGCCAAAGAGCCAGAGAUGGCACCUGAAUGUUUCACACACACACACACACACACACACACACACUCUUGGACUUCAUAUCCUGUGCAGGAGCUCUGCACAAUACAAUACAGACUGUAUAGCAGUACUUGGGUUAUAUGAUGAAUAUCAUGAACACCCAGAAUAGAUAGGUGUUAUUAAUAGUUAGAUACUAAUAUUAAUUAGUAUUACUGUUAUUAGUCUGGUAGCGAUUAAAAUGCAAUAUAUUGUGCAGCUCUACUUGGUGCCAUCAGUAAGCUGUAACACACACACACACACAAAUGAACGUCGGGACUUAUACGCCAUUCGACUUACUUCUGUUUUGCUGUUGUUUUGUUUGUUUGUAUCUUUGAUUUUAACGGUGAUGAAGAGGACUGAUGAUGUGCCUUAUCGUGUCAGGCUGUGAAUUCAGUCUCUGUCGUCUCUUCAGGGAAUAACAUCACACUUCUGUUGUUUCAGUCUCCACCUUCAUGUCCCUCUCUCUCUCUUUGUCUCUUUAAGAGAAAGAACACAUUUAAAGAGUACUCCAGUCUGUUUAAACUUAAAAUGCUUGUCCAAUCUCUGGAAGUAUAAAUGUCACCAUUCAGCCAUAACAUUAAAAAUAUAAUAUAAUUUAAUGUAUGCUUAAGAUUGUAUGGAUUCUCUUUGUCCCUUUGUUUCUUGUGUGGUAGCACAGACGCUAAUCUAGCAAGCUACCUAUUGAGCAAUCUUCUGCUUUCCGCCACGCUUCAUUUUCCUCCAAAUUGUGUCAGUAUCUGCAUAGUACGCCUAUACAGCUCUGGAAAAAAAUUAAUAGACCACUUCAGAUUCUGAAUCAGUUUAUCUGAUUUUGCUAUUUAUAGGUACAGGGUUUGGACAUAGAAACUGAAACACCUGGUUUUAGAGCACAAUAAUUGAUUGUGGUGACGGACAGUUCUGGUGGAAACAGGAGAGUUGAGGUACACAUUGAAUUCUGCCGUGAUUUUGGAUGCAAUCCAGGUUAGCACCCGAACAUCCCUUUUAGACAGCUUCCUCUUGCAUCCACAGUUAAUCCUGUUGGAUGUGGUUGGUCCUUCUUGCUGGUAUGCUGACAUUACCCUGGAUACCGUGGCUCUUGAUACAUCACAAAGACUUGCUGUCUUGGUCACAGAUGCUCCAGCAAGACGUGCACCAACAAUUUGUCCUCUUUUGAACUCUGGUAUAUCACCCAUAAUGUUGUGUGCAUUGCAAUAUUUAGAGCAGAACUGUGCUCUUACCCUGCUAAUUGAACCUUCACACUCUUCACGCUCUUACUGGUGCAAUGUGCAAUUAAUGAAGAUUGAACACCAGGCUGCUCCAAUUUAGCCAAUUCAGUUUCAUUGUCCAACCCCUGUAUAUGUUUGAGUAAAAUUAACAGUGUUGUUUUAUUCUAAAAACUACGCACAUCAUUUCUUAUAAAUUCCAAAUAAAAAUAUUGUCAUUUAGAGCAUUUAUUUGCAGUUUUAAGAGUUCAGAAAUCAAUAUUUGGUGGAAUAACCAUGGUUUUAAAUCACAGUUUUUUUCAUGCAUCUUGGCAUCAUGUUCUCCUCCACCAGUCUUACACACUGCUUUUGGAUAACUUUAUGCUGCUUUACUCCUGGUGCAAAAAUUCAAGCAGUUCAGUUUGGUUUGAUGGCUUGUGAUCAUCCAUCUUCCUCUUGAUUAUAUCCCACGCUCUAUAUCCACCCUUUUAAAAAGGCACCAUUGGAACCAGAUCAUCAAUGCUUUUCAUGGUUUUAAUGUUAUGGCUGGUCUAUACAGAUUUUACUUCUAUUCAGGUUCAUUUCUGAACAUUUUUGACUGAAGAAGUCAAUUCAGCAACUGCCUAUUUAGUAUAGUAUUAUACUGUAAAUGAACUUAAACAUGCCGGAGUAUUCUUUCGUAGCUCACGCUGCGUUCUCUGUUGCGUCUUGUUUUGUGUGUGUUUGUUGGUGUAAUUUGCCUUUUUUCUUCUUCUUCAUCCAAAAAGUGCAUUAAUUAAGGUGCAUUGCAUUGUCCACAUGAUGUUCACAUCACAUGAAUGGAUUCACAGCGGAAUAACCAAACAUCUACUCCAUCACGUCGUCUGAAUGGCGUCAAUACAGAAUAUCUGUGUUGAGAUGUAUAGUACUUAUCAGUUCAUUAAUUAUUAUUAAUUAUUAUCAUCAUCUGUCGGCAUGUGCCUUUUGUUAUUACUGUAAGGUAUAAUAUAGGAAGGUCACAGGCAUGCUGCAGCUGAUUCUGUUGUUUUUGGUUCAUCCUGCAUAAUAAACUGAUAUUUAGGACUUGAA